CGAUGUGCGCGCGAACGCAGAGUCAUGACUGAGAAGAUCGAGAUUUUCAGUUGACGCGUCUCAGAUUCUCACGCCGACAUCCCGAUCGCACGCGAGUCGAGAUGAGCAAGGACAGCAGCAGCGAGGGAAAGUCGCAGGACGCUUCCACGCCGGACGCUCCGGCGGACGCGCCGGCGAAAGAUUCGAACGCGGAUCUCUACGAGAAUCGCGGGCAAAAGAAGCUCAUCCGCGUAGUCACCGUGAUGGCCUACCUGUUCUCAGUGAGUUUCGUGGGUAUUCUUCUGAGCGCCUAUUACAUAUUCCUGUGGGAGCCGCCGAAUCCGAGGCUCGUGCAGCGAGAACGGCUGCGAGCGGAUCCGCAGAUGCAGUUCCUGAUCGCGUCGCCCGCGGAGGAAACGACGGAAGACAGCAGCUUCCUCCUCCAGACCGAGGUCAAGCCGUUUCUGAGUCCCAGAAUAAUGAACGACAACGAUGAUUCCGCCGUCGAUCCCCAAGUCAAAAUAAAUCUCGAGAAGAAACGAAGACUAAACGCGCUGUUGCUGAAGCUGUGGCACUCGCUCGUGGACGCCGGGCGCGCUCAGAAGCGAAAUUCGUCGCAGGUGACAACGAAUUCCGGCGAAUUCAACAAUUCGUUCGUGGAAAGGGAGCUUAACUCGAUGUUGGAUCGCGCGGAAAAUACGAUCUCGCGAUACGGCGAGUCGCGUGGGAACACAUUCGAAGAAAAGACUUACAGUGAUAACGCUGAUGUACCUGUAGAACUCGCGGAUUCUGCAAGUACGCUGGACGUUGAAAGCACGUCUUCAACAUCGAGGCUCACGACUAUUCCUGAAACGAGCCAGACACGCCACGAUAGAGAUUAUAUCGCCAACGUCAAUCCGAUUAUCGAAAAAAAGAAACAAUAUAACAGAAAGAAAUUCGAUGCCGUCAGUUCGUACCUUAUUCGCGGAUUAAGCUACGCGACGACAAACAGCGACAUUACGAUUGGCAGCGAUCGACGCGUUUCCGGAGACGACGAUUCUUCCAAAGUGACCCGGGGAUUCCUGAGGACCGACAGGAAAGAAUUGAUGAAACAAAACGAGACCGACGAUCGCCGGUUGAUCAAUAGCAAUCGAGAAAAUGAUUCAGACGACGUGCAAACAAACGUUAUACUGAAGGAAUGUGUAAACUGUAAUGUUAGGAACUCCAGAGAAAAUUAUUCCAACGAGUCCUCCUCAAACAACCAAGUCCGACAGAUCGCGCGUGACGGAGUAUCGAUCGACCCGCCGCCGUCUCGCGACUCGGGAUUCACCGACGAUCCGGGAUUCCAACAGACGCCGGAUGACCUGACCGUCGUAAAAUCACGGCCACGCAUCACCACGGGAACGAGAAAUUCCGAAGAGACGCAGAUCGAAAGGAUGACCGCGAGGUCUACGACGACAGAUAAUAAACAGCUGGAACAAAUUGAUUUAUCGACCACUCAAAAACGUAUUCCGGAAGUCUUCACGGAAAUUGCGGACGUCGAGGAAACGUCUGUAGAGCCUACGUCAAUAUCGACAGCGCGGGAUUAUCAUAAUAUCACUAGCAUUACGAGCGAAGACGACGAGAGCGUUACAUAAGUAAAUAUCAGACUUUUCACACCUCGUGUUGAAAGUAAUAAGGUGCAAGGAAACCAAGCUAAUAAAUAAAUAAUAAAAGUAAUCGCUAAUAGAGUAUCAAAACCUAUUAGUACGUAUAGGGAAGCAAUGCUUUCAGUUCUUUAUGGACAGAAAACGUUAGAAGUUGUAUUGACCUGAAUUUGCCAAACGAGAAACCUUAUUAGAGAUUAGAACUACUCUUCGAACAGAUAAACACUAGGAACAUUAGAAUAAUUUAAGUAUCUAAUUGUCUAUAAAAUUACGUGGACGACAUUCGCGAAGAUACGAGAGAAGAAAUUAACAAUAAUAAAUAAUAGAAUUAUAGAUAUAUAUUCCAAUCGCAGUUGGAUUUUUCAUCUCUUUUAUAAAUUAAAUGAAACAAAUUUUAUAUCUUCAUUCUGUGUAAUAAGACGAUUAAAUUACAAAUGUAAUUUUACGUGAAGGAUCAUUUGUUCAGAUUCUUUCCACAAAGUUCCUUAGUAUUAUAUUGACAUAGGAAGAUACUCGAGAAUAUUUUUGUAAUUACUAGUAUUGGAAAUAGAAGUAUGCGCAGUAACUAUAAUAGUAGAGAUUCAUUGUAAUUCUAACGAGUUCAUAUUACAUUAUCGCGAUUAAAAAAUUCAGCCGACAGAUAUUUUAUGUAAGUUGUUUUAUAUGAUUAAAAUAAAGGUCCCCUAUAUUAAA